AUAAUAAUGCAAUCUAAGUUCCAACUAAAAGAAUAUUUUCCAAUAUAAAAAUGAAUUUUGGAAAAUAAAAAUGAGAAUCCCCACGAAGCGUUAAGAAUUUCUUGUCAUUGAAGGUACCCUCUUUUGUUGCUUGACCCUCAAUCAAAACCCAUCUUUUCCGUUUUGCUUCGGCUGCGAAGCCCUAAUCCACCAUACCCACCACCACCAUCACUACCCUUUUCCCUUCACGCCCUAACACAACAUGGGUCACGAAACUCUCUUACUCACUGCCCCUCCUACUACCACACUAGUGAACCAUCCACUCUCAGUCUCAGUGCCGUCUGCUUCAGCAACUGCUGCACCACCUACCUCCCUUGCUCCUGGAUUUAGGUUUCACCCAACUGAUGAGGAACUCGUUAUUUAUUACCUCAAGCGCAAGUUUUUUGGAAAACCCUUUCGAUUUGAUGCUAUAGCAGAAGUUGAUAUCUACAAGAGUGAGCCCUGGGACCUAUCAGAUAAAUCAAGAUUGAAGACCAGAGACCAGGAAUGGUAUUUUUUUAGUGCAUUGGACAAGAAGUAUGGAAAUGGUGGAAGAAUGAACAGGGCUACCAAUAGAGGUUACUGGAAAGCUACUGGAAAUGAUCGGCCGGUUAAACAUGACCUAAGGACUGUAGGGUUGAAGAAAACUUUGGUGUUUCAUAGUGGCCGAGCUCCUGAUGGAAAGAGAACUAAUUGGGUUAUGCAUGAGUACAGACUUGUUGAAGAAGAGAUGGAGAGGGAUGGGUCUGGACCCUCUCAGCCGCAGGAUGCGUAUGUCUUGUGUAGAGUAUUUCACAAAAAUAACAUAGGACCUCCAAAUGGACAACGGUAUGCACCUUUUGUUGAAGAAGAGUGGGAAGAAGGACUGGGAAUGGUUCCUGGAGCCGAGCCUGUGGGUGAUGGUCCUGUUUAUCUCCCUCUGCGUAUUGAAGGCAACAGCGGCGUUUCAUGCAGCGAAGAAAGAAGCAUUGUUGUGAAGGACACUUAUUCCAACAAUAAAACUCCACUAGACGUGAACAAGCUACCGAUAGAAACUCAAAAUCUACUUGCUGUCUGUAAAAGGGAGAGCAUGACUGAGUACCCAUCCCCAGAAAAGAAUGAUUCUAAGCAUAAACAUGCGGAUGACGAGUACCCACUCCAAAUCAUAAACCCAAAGCCCUUACCUCAAAUAUACAAAAGGCGUCGCCAUAACUUGAACUCCAAUCAUUCCAAUGUUUCCGGAGAUUCAUUCCCUAACAGUCAGGAUCCAUGCUCAUCCACAAUCACCACUGCCGCGACAACACUCCAGACAACCAUGGCCCCCGCCACAACCUCCAAUCCUCUACCGAAGAAACACUUUCUGUCAGCACUGGUUGAGUUUUCUCUCUUGGAAUCACUCGAAUCCAAGGAAAACCACACCUUCGUUCAGCCGGAGGAUUUAGACUUGUCGAAUCUCGAAUCCUCCGUGCCUCCGAGUGUUGCAAAGUACAUCAAACACCUGCAAAGUGAGACGCAGAAGCUUGGCGUUGAGAAGGAGACAAUGCGGUUCGAGUUGACAAGUGCUCAGGCCAUGAUUAAUAUUCUUCAGUCCCGCGUCGAAACUCUCAGUAAAGAGAACGGCGAAUUGAAGAAGAUGAUGAUGAGAAAUCCAUAGGAAUUGAGAGUGAUCUCAUUCCUUGUAUGAUUAUGUACCAGUUAUGUUAAAGAUAAUUUUGGAUAUUUCUCCUUAUUAAGAACUAGUUCGUUUCUUUGGCUAUGAUUAUGUAUCAGUUAUGAUUAUGACGUUCAGUUUCCCUUUCA